ACUCUCUUCGCAGCAGCAGCAGCGCGGCCCGGCCAGGCCCAGACCGCACCCGACCCCCGAUCUGGUUGAAUCCGUCCAAUCCAAGGAGCACUCGCAAUCGCACCGGCGGCGGAGAUGGGCAGCGACCAUGGCGGCCACGGCCCUAGCGGCGGCGACUUCCGGCAGAAGGUGUGGAGCAUGACCGGCGGGCCCUACUGCCGGCCCGUCCACUGGCGCCGCAACACCGCCAUCGCCAUGGUCGGCAUCUUCCUCGUCUGCAUCCCCAUCGCCAUGAAAUCCGCCGAGCUCGAGCAACGCCCUCACCACCCAGUCCGGCCAAUCCCAUCCCAGCUUUGGUGCAAGAACUUUGGCAAGAAGGAGUACUGAAGGAUGUGCCGACUUUCACAGAGAAAGUCAUUCUUUUACCUUUGUGCCUUCUUUUGUCAUAACCGGUCCUCAGCGACCGAAGCUGGAAGAAGUACGCAGCCAUAGCAUUAUGUAACUCUUGUGACUUCUUAUUAUCACAUACAAGGAGUGCCUGUUUGUUUGCGAUUCAAAUAAACUCGUGAUGCAUGAGCGCCUCUAUGGAUCUACAUUAGGAUCAAAUCCUAUGGUUAUAGACAUCGUCUGUUCUC